AGAAAUGAGAUGAAAUAAGGAAGAAAUGAGCCGUUGGGGAGGCGGACAAACACUCCCUUCUGUGUGUUUGGGUGAAGGUCGGGGUGAAAUUCAUCACAUUUUCUGAUCUCCCGUUGAUUCCGGAGGUACCAAAAUGAAAUGGUUGAGGGAAUGAAUGGCAACGUUAAGGAUGAGGGCGGUGGUGGCGGCGGCGGUGGUGGUGGUGGUGGGGGUGGCGGCGGCACAACAGAUGAUGACAACAUCUGCCGGGACUUCCUGCGCAACGUGUGCCGGCGGGGCAAGCGGUGCAAGUUCCGCCACCCAGAUGACGGAGAGCAGGGGUCCCAGGUGGUGACGCAGGUGAAGGCCGACCUCACCUUCUGCCACGACUACCAGAACGGCCACUGCACCAGACCCAUGUGCAGGUUCAUCCACUGCACCUGUGAGGACGAGAACUACUACCUGCGGACCGGAGACCUGCCACCGCACAUCCUGGACCAGGCCAUCCGCAAGGGACACCUUGGGGAUGUCAUGCUCAACGGCGAUGUCCCAAUAUGCAAGGACUACCUGAUGGGUGAGUGCUGCAGGAGACGUGGCGGCAAAUGUAAGUUCCGCCACCUGUCCCAGCGCGAAUAUGAACAGGAGAUCUACGGGACAAGCCUCCGGGACCUUGAACACAGUGGGGGGAACUACUAUGAGACUCCCCCCACACCCCCAGAGACCAAGGCACCACCCGACCCGAAACGACAGCGACUCGAGCCCAAGGUCAUGCAGGUAGAGAUGCCUCGCGAUGGGGACUUCCUGCACCCCCUGGAUGACCUCGGCAGGGAGAUGACUGCCAGGGACCUUAGGGACUUCAGGGACAGGGAUCGGGAGAGAGACCGCCGGGGCCUAGAGGAGAUCCUGCUGCUGAGGAAACAGAUGGAUGUGCUGAAGAAGGAGAACACCAGCCUGAAGAAGGAGGUGUCAGAUCUCAGGGCCACCAAUGAGUUUCUGCUGGAUCAGGUGACAACGCUGCGGCUGAGCAAGGCAGCGGGGGGCAGCAUGACGGCGGUCACCGUGCCCACCGUGAGCCUGGCCACCACCAUCCCUGUAGCCACUAGCGUGCAGCACCUCUCUGGGGCACGCCUCUCCCAGCCCAUGCCCAUCACCUCUGACGGCUCGGUGGUGGCGCUCCCCCAGGGGCCUCCACGGCCGCCCCCUCCCCCACAGGCACCCCAGCAGGCCCCCCCACAGUCCCUGGCACCCCCAUCCCAGCCGGUGGGGGUUGCUCCUCCCGGUCCGGCAGUUGUGGGGUCCAUAGGGGGCGUCCAGGUGUCCCUACCACAGGUCUCCACUGUGUCCCUGAACCCACAGAUUGCGCCCUCCACCUCCAUGACCCCGACCAUGCCCCCUCCCUCAGCCCAGACACUGCCACAGGCCAUCUCCAUGAGUGGUACCACUGGCCAUCUGGUCUCCUACCCCAUCAUGACCCAACCCGUCCUCCGGCCUCAGUUACAAUGAAGCCAGGCCCUCCACCAUGGCCCCACCACACUCCUCUCCUUCACCAUCCUCGACUGGCCACUGCCCCUCCCCGCCACGCCGCAGCAGUCCUCCGGGGCAGCGUCCUGGAGUGAAGCGGCUCCACAGGGACCAUCCUGAUGCCUCUGUGCUCCCUCUCCUGUCUGUGAGUUGUGUGUGGCUGUGUGGUGUUCCCUGCCAUGGUGUGGUGGUGCGGUGGUGUGUUCCCUGCUCCCUGUGAGUGUGGUUCACGUGGUUUGUUUGGUCCUUUGUGUGUUUUGGAUUUGCAGGAACUGGUGGAAGCAAUGCGAAAUGGCCUUAUCUUCUCUAUUCGUUACCUACCCCCAGUGUUGUUCACCUAGAAAAGCACAAUAGACAGAGUUCAUUGACCAAAAAGCACGUCACAGAAAGUCAGGCAACCCAAUUGAUGUUCCUUGUCCACAGCCACAUUCUCAGACAUGUUCCUGGUGUGUUUGGGUCAAGCACAUGCCAGGAAAUGAUUGGUGUUUACUCGUCACAAGGCACUCCAUGGCGGGCACCAGGUGAGGCGGCCCUCUCCUUGGUGAUCCACAUGCAGGAGCCUCUCUCUGGAAUGGGAAUGGGAAUCAAAGUGUGGACCUAAUGUUGACCUAAAUUUUGGAGUUUAGCUCAAAAUUACAUUAGUGGUGAAUGAUGUUCUUCCUUUUUGCAUUGUUGAAAUUUAACUGGUUGAUUUUCUUUCAUUAGUAAGUCUUAAAGUGAAUAUGUAUUCCUGGUUGCUGUAUUGAGGAUAUAUUAACUUACCAUCAUUAUUGAGUCUUCUCUAUAGUAAACUAAAAGAAAUUUAAGGAAAAUUGUUUAUUUUUAUAUCAGAUCAUAAGAAUACACUCCUGAGAGAUUCAUCUGCUUUGCUAUGGACAGGAAUUCAAGAUAUUCCCCAAUGUAAUCAGCCAUGUUUUGACUAAUAGGUCAGUAAGCCCCUAUGCCCCCAGAGAGAGGACUGCCUACCCCCACAAACACAAUACAUCCCCAUAGUGUUGAA